AUGACGAUCCCUAUUUACCUCGCUGGUGCGGCCGUUGUGUGCUUCUUCCUGUAUAAACUACUGUACGGCACCGAUACACCACAUAUAAAGGGCCUGCCAGAGAUCCCAGGCCUGCCUUUGGUUGGAAGUUUGUACGAACUCGGUACAAAUCAUGCCAAGGUCGCUCAAGGAUGGGCAAAGAAGUACGGACCGGUCUUUCAAGUGAGAAUGGGCAAUAGGAGAAUCGUUUUUGUCAACUCAUUUGACUCCGUCCGGCACCUAUGGAUCACCAACCAAUCAUCCCUCAUCUCGCGUCCCAUGCUGCAUACAUUUCACAAAGUCAUAUCAUCUUCCCAGGGAUUCACCAUUGGUACUUCGCCAUGGGAUGAGUCAUGCAAGAAACGCCGAAAGGCUGCAGCGACAGCCCUCAACCGUCCUGCCGUACAGUCAUACAUGCCUCUCAUCGACCUCGAAUCCACAGUCUCAAUCAAGGAGCUUUUACAAGAUAGCAAAGGUGGCGAAAUUGAUCUCGAUCCCCGAGCAUACUGGCAACGAUACGCGCUUAAUACUAGUUUGACAUUGAACUACGGAUACCGAAUCGAUGGAAACAAAGAGGCGCCUUUGCUGAAGGAGAUUGUGGAUGUAGAGCGUGGAGUAGGCAACUUUCGAUCGACGAGCAACAACUGGCAAGACUAUGUUCCGCUGCUAAGGCUGUUCCCAAGUCAGACCAACGAGGCCAAGUCUUUUAGAGAAAGGAGAGAUGUGUAUAUGGAUAGAUUGCUGAACAACUUGGAAGAGAAUAUCAAGAAAGGAACAGACAAGCCAUGUAUCACUGGUAACAUUCUAAAGGACCCUGAGGCGAAGCUGAACAGAGCCGAGAUCAAGUCCAUCUGCCUCACCAUGGUUUCUGCAGGACUCGAUACCGUCCCCGGUAACCUCAUCAUGGGUAUUGCCUACCUCGCCACUCCUGCUGGCCAGAAGAUUCAACAACGUGCCUACGACGAGAUCAUGAAAGUGUACCCCAACAACGACGCCUGGCACGCAUGCCUCCAAGAGGAGAAAAUCCCCUACAUCACGGCACUCUACAAAGAAAUCCUCCGCUAUUGGACCGUCAUCCCCAUCUGCCUACCCCGCGUCUCCAUCAAGGACAUCGAAUGGCAAGGCGUCAUCAUCCCCGCAGGAACAACCUUCUACAUGAACGCCUACGCCGCAGACUACGACCCCGAGCACUUCAAGGACCCCGAGAGAUUCGAUCCGGAGCGCUACUUGAACGUGCCCGACGGUGCAGGGACACCGCAUUACGGCUACGGCGCAGGUUCCCGCAUGUGCGUCGGUUCGCAUCUUGCCAACAGGGAGUUGUACACUGCGUUUGUGCGGUUGAUUUCGGCGUUUAGGUUUACGCCCCCUGUUGACCCGAGGGAUGAGCCGGUCAUGGAUUGUCUGGAGGCGAAUGCGAUUCCUACGAGCUUGACCUUGGAGCCCCAGUAUUUCAAGGUCGGGUUCAAGCCCAGGAAUAGAAAGUUGCUGGAUCAGUGGUUGACGGAGAGUGAGGAGAGGACCAAGGAUUUGAUGUAG